CAUCUCCUCAAAAAACAGAGUAUAUCUUCUUGUGUUAUUCCAUGGCAGAGAAACAUUCCCACUUGAACGGAGCCUACUACGGCCCCGCCGUCCCACCUGUCCGCUCCUACCAUCGCGACGGCCAUGGUUCUGGCUGUGGCUGCUGCUGCCUCCUGAGCUUCCUUAUCAAGCUCAUAGUCACCGCUAGGCCUGGCAAACAGACGGGUUCGGUCGGAUUCGGGUUGGAUCAAGUUGGUUUUCACGUGACGGAUGCCUCCCUUACCCAAUUCAACCUCACCCCCGACAACAACCUCCACGACAACCUGGCCCUCAACAUCACCGUGCGCAACCCCAACAAGAAAAUCGGCAUCUACUACGACCGCAUCGAGGCCAACACGUACUACGAGGACCAACGGUUCGCUACCCAACAGCUGACGCCGUUCUAUCAGGGGCACAAGAAUACCAGUUACUUGAACCCCUCGUUUCAAGGACAGAAACUGGUGUUACUCGGCGCCGAUAGAGUUUCCGAGUACAAUCAGGAGAAGAAUUCUGGGAUUUACAGUAUUGAUGUGAAAUUGAAUUUGAGGGUUAGGUUCUAGCUGGGGAUAUUGAAGACGUGGAGGUUUAAGCCCAAGAUUGAGUGUGAUUUGAAAGUCCCAUUAAGCAGCUCUGAUGGGAUGUUGGCUGGUGGUGCGGAGACAGCCAAGUGCAAAAUCGGUUUCUUCUGAUCGUGACGGCGGACAUUUGAUUGUUUUGAUUGUUAUUUUGCACUUUGCAUUUUUUUGUUUUAUAAUUCUUUUGUUUUUUUGCAUAGAUAUACGAACCUAUAUGCAUUGAUUUUUCAGUAGUUAAUAUAAAUAUUUAUGUUUC